AUGGCAGACAAGCUGGACAUGAAGGAAAUCUCCAGCUUCCAUAAGGCCAGGCUGAAGAAAGCUCAGACGCAGGAGAAGGUCACCAUGCCGACCAAAGACUCCCCUGAGCAGGAAAAGAGAAGUGAAAUUCUCUAA